ACGAUGGCCAUCCAGCUCCGCUCCUUCUUCCCCUUAGCAUUGCCUGGGAUGCUGGCACUCCUCGGCUGGUGGUGGUUUUAUUCUCGUAAAAAAGAACACAUCCAUAGCCACAACAAGCAUGAGGGGGCCAGUUCUGUGAGCCUAAGGACAGACCCCACCGACAAGGAGCCCCUCCCUGUGGAAGACACUGGUCCUGGAGCUGUGGUUGUGCCUCCCCGAGACCCUCAGCUGCCAGAGAAGAAGCUGUGCCCUACAAGUAAGCCUUCCGUGGAGCCCCCAGCUUUUCUGCGACCACAUCCAGCCGCUCGUCGGUCCGAGUCCUCAGGCAGCCUUCUCAGCACCACAGACACGAGACUUGGACCAGGAACACACAAAGACGACUGUGCAAAGGUGGAAUUAGCCCUAACUCGUGAGGAAGCAAAGUCUAUUGCUCUCGAGUGUCCCCUCCCAUCCCCCAAGGAGUUACCUUUGCCCCAAGAAACAGUUGAGGUGUGUAAAGAGGAGCAUGUGCUGAGCAGGACGCCUGGGAGGGCUGGGCCGGGCCAUUCAGCAGCCCUCCCAGAGAAGCAUGGCCCCGGGGAGAUGGGGUGGGCAGAGGGGACCGGUGAUGCGGUGCCAGGAGAGAAUGUUCUACAAGAAGUGGUGGUGGCCCAGGAGCAUGGCUCUGAAUUGGAGAAGAGCAAAGCGCCCAGCCUGGCUCCUUUGGAAGGAGGGGAAGAGAAAGGGAAGACUAGCCUGCUGUCUGGGGCUGGACCAGUGCAGAGGGAAGACUAUGUGGUAGGGGGCUUAAGUAGCUUGACCGAGCCCUUGCACACCCAGCUGAUGGAGGACGAGGUGGUGCCGGCACCUGGGGACAGCGACCUCGCAGGAGAAGUGCACAAAGAGAAGACGGUGGAUGAAGAUGAGAUGCUUGAGCAGGCUGCUCUGCAGAUCAUCUCCAAAGUGAUCUCUGGGGCGGCGGAAGAAGUGCGGGCCACCACGCUUGGCAAGAUUACGGGGCAGAUGUGUCAGGCCUCAGAGAGUGAGUCCCCAUGCCCAGGGGAGGAGGGCCAUGCUCCGGUGGAGCCCAGACAGGCCACAGCAGAGGCAGCUGUGGGCUCAUUGGAUGCUGCCUUGGCCUUGUCAGAGGACCCGUCUCCACCAAAAACGUACACAAGCUGCCUGAACAGCCCCCUCUCCAGUCCCACCAAGGACAGCAAGCUGCCCAGGAACUCUGUACACCACAUCUCAUUGGUCCCCUGCCCGUCACAAGCCACCGCCCAGGGAGAGUUGCCGGAUGAGGCAAGUGCCCUGAUGGAGGAUGCUGGCUAUAUCACUGGCACGUUGGACAGCAGCCAGGACGUCCCAUCCGUGGGCUCCUCAGUCCAGGGCUCGGAUUCUGCCAGCAUGUCGGGGCUCGAAGACUCUUGCACAGAUGCUACCUCGAGCCCCCGGGACAAGGAUAUUACCCCGCCGCUGCCAGAAAGUACUGUGCCCUUCAGCAAUGGGGUACUGAAGGAGGAAUUGUCAGACCUGGGGGCUGAGGAUGGAUGGAGCAUGGACGCAGAAACAGACCAUUCGGGAGGCUCCGACGGAAACAGCAUGGACUCCGUGGACAGCUGCUGUAGCCUUAGGAAGACCGAGGGUUUCCAGAGUGCCCAGGCAGGCUCUGACCCCAAGAAGGUGGACCUCAUCAUCUGGGAGAUCGAGGUACCAAAGCACUUAGUUGGUCGACUUAUUGGCAAGCAGGGACGGUACGUGAGUUUUCUGAAGCAAACAUCUGGUGCCAAGAUCUACAUUUCAACGCUGCCCUACACCCAGAACAUCCAGAUCUGCCACAUAGAAGGCUCUCAGCAUCAUGUGGAUAAAGCCCUGAACCUGAUUGGGAAGAAGUUCAAGGAGCUGAACCUCACCAAUAUCUACGCACCCCCACUGCCGUCCCUGACCCUGCCUUCCCUACCGAUGACCUCCUGGCUCAUGCUCCCCAAUGGCAUCACCGUGGAGGUGAUCGUGGUGAACCAGGUCAACGCCGGCCACUUGUUUGUGCAGCAGCACACGCAUCCCACCUUCCACGCCCUGCGCAGUCUGGACCAGCAGAUGUACCUCUGCUACUCUCAGCCCGGGAUCCCCACACUGCCCAUCCCAGUGGAAAUAGCGGUCAUCUGCGCUGCCCCUGGUGCCGACGGCGCCUGGUGGCGAGCCCAGGUGGUUGCCUCCUACGAAGAGACAAAUGAAGUGGAGAUCCGCUAUGUAGACUACGGUGGAUACAAGAGGGUGAAAGUAGAUGAGCUCCGGCAAAUCAGGUCCGACUUUGUGACGCUGCCGUUCCAGGGAGCAGAAGUCCUUCUAGAGAGCGUGAUGCCUCUGUCAGAUGAAGAGCACUUUUCACCCGAGGCAGACGCAGCUAUGAGUGAGAUGACUGGAAACACAGCAUUGCUUGCUCAGGUGACGAGUUACAGCCCGACUGGCCUCCCUCUGAUUCAGCUGUGGAGUGUGGUUGGAGAUGAAGUGGUGUUGAUAAAUCGGUGGCUGGUGGAACGAGGACUUGCCCAGUGGGUGGACACCUGCUACCCAAGUCUGUGA